GCUAGGCUACACCUGCCUGACGUUUACGUGAAGAGCCCUGAAGCUCAUCUUUCCGAUUUCAGCAAUUGUACCUUACCAAUCCCAUCCCAUCCUGUUUAUUGCACUCGCAAACUAUUAAACUAUUCUAACAGUAUUCAACUUCCUGCGACUCCCUUCCGUUUUCCAUUCUCUACCAAAAAAAAUAUUCGCCUACCUUUCAGCAACUAAAAAGACAAUCUCGGCGUAGUGAUACCGCCAAGAUGCCGUUGCAAGCUGUUAUGAUCGUCGUGGAUAACAGCGAAAGCAGCCGGAAUGGCGAUUAUCAACCCUCCAGGUUUGACGCUCAAGCGGACGCUAUUAACAUUACAUUUGAGAACAUCACUCAGUCCAACCCCGAGUCGUCCGUGGGCUUGAUGAGCAUGGGUGGUAAGGGUCCCGAGGUCCUCUCUACCCUGACGACAGAACGAGGCAAAAUACUUGAGGGCCUGCACCGCAUCAAGAAGAAGAUCUCAGGCUCCUCCCACCUGGCCACCGGUAUUCAGAUCGCCAGUCUUGCGUUGAAGCAUCGACAAAACAAAUCACAACGCCAACGUAUCAUCGUAUUCGUGUGCUCUCCCGUGGCAGAUGACGAGAAGAAGCUAGUAUCACUAGCAAAGAAAAUGAAGAAGGGAAAUAUCGACAUCGACUUUGUCCUUUUUGGCGACCUAGAUGAUGAUGACGUACAAAAGAAGCUCGAGGCUUUCAACAAUGCAGUCAAGACUAAUGAGAAUUCUCACCUUGUUGUUAUUCCGCCGAGUGGCAAGCUCCUUAGCGACCAGUUGAUAACCACGCCCAUUCUACUCGGGGAGGGUGCUGCCAGUGGUGCAGGUGGCAUGGCUGAGGGUGGCGGCGACUUCGGCGAUUUCGACUUCGACCCUAGUGCCGACCCAGAGUUGGCACUUGCUUUACGUAUGAGUAUGGAAGAGGAGAAUGCAAGGCAAGCAAAGCAAGCUAAGGACAACGAGGAAGCGGCAAAGAAAACGAACUUGGAAGGCAUACAGGAAGAAGGUGAGGACCAACCUCUCCUGAAUGAGCAGGGUGAACCCAGUGGGAGCGGAUCUUCCCAAAAGAAAGAGAACAAGAAAGAUGAUGGGGAUAAGAUGGAUAUGUCAUAGGCUUGCUUGGUUUGCGUUCUAUGGCCCAGUUCCUCGCCAGCAUGGAUUCACGAAGGCGUUGGGUUUGUACAAUAAUAAUAAUAGACCGAAGGCUUAGGGGCGAAUUUUCGGCGAAAAUACCGUCCCUGUGAAAUGGCAGAGCGACCUCAAUUCUAUA